AUGUCUGACAACGGCGAACUGGAAGACAAGCCACCAGCUCCUCCUGUCCGGAUGAGCAGUACUAUCUUCAGUUCAGGGGGCAAAGACCAGUUGUCUGCCAACCACAGCUUGAAACCCCUGCCCUCUGUACCAGAAGAAAGAAAACCUAGGAAUAAAAUCAUCUCCAUAUUCUCUAGCACUGAAAAAGGAAGCAAGAAGAAGGAAAAGGAAAGGCCAGAAAUCUCCCCACCGUCAGAUUUUGAGCAUACCAUCCAUGUUGGCUUUGAUGCUGUUACUGGAGAGUUCACUGUAAGUAUACCUGCCUUGGAGUUGCUCAGAAAACAGCCUCGGGGAAUGCCAGAGCAAUGGGCUCGGUUGCUUCAGACCUCAAAUAUCACGAAGCUAGAACAGAAGAAAAACCCCCAGGCGGUACUAGAUGUGCUGAAAUUCUACGACUCCAAAGACACAGCAAAACAGAAAUAUCUGAGUUUUUCUGCUCCAGGUGAGAUCCAAGUGUGUGCAAGACAUAUUGAAGAGGAGCUGGACCUUGCCCCUCCUGUCUCUGUGGCAGAUGAUGAUGAGGAUGAUGAAGAAGCUCCUCCUCCUGUUAUUGCUCCACGGCCAGAUCACACAAAAUCGAUUUAUACACGGUCUGUAAUUGACCCCAUCCCCGCACCAGCUAGUGACACUUCUGUCGACAGUGCGACGAAAUCAGGUGAUAAGCAGAAAAAGAAGACCAAAAUGUCGGAUGAAGAGAUCAUGGAAAAACUACGCACUAUUGUGAGCAUAGGAGAUCCCAAGAAAAAAUACACCAGAUAUGAAAAAAUUGGGCAGGGGGCUUCAGGUACAGUUUUCACAGCUAUUGAUGUGGCAACGGGGCAGGAGGUUGCUAUUAAACAGAUAAACCUGCAGAAACAGCCCAAGAAGGAGUUGAUUAUUAAUGAGAUCUUGGUAAUGAAAGAGCUAAAGAACCCCAACAUAGUCAACUUCCUGGACAGUUACCUUGUAGGAGAUGAAUUGUUUGUGGUGAUGGAGUAUCUAGCUGGAGGCUCACUAACAGAUGUGGUCACAGAAACAUGUAUGGAUGAAGCACAGAUUGCUGCUGUUUGCAGAGAGUGCUUGCAAGCGCUUGAGUUCCUACAUGCCAACCAGGUCAUCCACAGGGACAUUAAGAGUGACAACGUGCUGUUAGGAAUGGAUGGAUCAGUUAAACUAACCGACUUUGGUUUCUGUGCUCAGAUCACCCCAGAGCAGAGCAAGCGCAGCACUAUGGUUGGAACUCCUUACUGGAUGGCUCCUGAAGUGGUGACACGGAAAGCGUACGGCCCUAAAGUGGAUAUCUGGUCUCUGGGCAUCAUGGCUAUUGAAAUGGUGGAAGGAGAACCCCCAUACCUCAACGAAAACCCCCUGAGGGCUUUAUAUUUGAUAGCAACAAAUGGCACACCGGAGCUGCAGAACCCUGAGAAACUGUCCCCAAUAUUCCGGGAUUUCUUGAACCGAUGUUUGGAGAUGGAUGUGGAGAAAAGAGGAUCAGCCAAAGAAUUGCUACAGCAUCCCUUCUUGAAACUGGCCAAACCUCUGUCUAGCUUGACGCCACUGAUCUUGGCAGCCAAAGAAGCAAUGAAGAGUAACCGCUAACGUUACUGCCACAGCCUUCAUCCUUUUUUUUGUUUGUAUUUUACAAAUCUU